ACAACAAUGAUGAUGAUGAUGAUACUGGACAGGUUUUACAGGUUGUAGACCAGCUGCAGCCAGUCUGGUGUCAGCUCUGCCUCAGCCAGUAGCACGGUGAGCGGCAGGCCAGCCACUAACCGAGCAGCCAUUCCCUGAGUCUUGAUGACUUCCAGAUGACAGCCCAGACAGCCUGGCCCGAGAGAACUCAGCACUCAGUCACAGACAGAGAGAGAGGGGGGAGGCAGAGAUAGGGGAAGGGAGGAGAGAGAGAAACAGACAGACAAAGGAAAGGAUGAAGCAGUUGCAUGUGAAGUGGUUUAGCAGUGCUCCAGUCAGCGUUCUUACCUCAUUCUCCUGAUGGUUGUUGGUACACAACUCUCUCCAGCUGGGGCCUAGCUGGCUGCUGUGAUUGGCUGGUGACUGAUCCACAUUCAGAUCCCAUUGAGACAGACAGACGACAGGGCAGUGUCAGUGUGUGUGCGCUGGGCCGAGAGUCAGCAUGAUGCAUCGGUGGGGUCUACUCAUCACUGUGUUCUACUGCCAACUGUUCCUGGCUGCUGCUCAACACUGGAGGAAAGCCCUUUACCCAUCAGCCUUUAGAGUGAAGCGUGGCACACACUCAUUGGUCAACCCCACGUUCCAGAACUCUGUGGAAGAUGUUAACCUGCUGUUUGAGAUCCUGCUGGCAGGCCUGCAGAUCGAGGAUGAGGACAAGCCCUUUGUGAUCCCAGACAUGGAGCUGGCGUCUCUGAGGUCGGUCCAAAAGCUGGAGGUUAUCUGUGAGGACGUCCUUCCCAAGAGACUAUCCGAGAUCAGACGUCUGACCUCCCACCUGUUCCAGCACAGAGGUGCCCUGAGCAGGGAGGACUUUGAGCGCACAGUGCUCACUAUGGUGUACACUGCCCAGACUCUGGCUCAUACCACCUCCCAACACCAGAAGGCGCUGUGGGGAGACGCCCUGCUGCAGCUGUUCAGGGCCAUACAAGAAGAUCUGACGCCCCCACCCAGGACACCUCAGCACUAGUGUUAUGGACAUGUGGACACAUUAUUUUAGAUAAUAUAAUAUACUGAUUAUUUUAUACUGUAACACAAGAGAAUUUGAAGGAUGUUUUCUAUUGUAUUCUGUUGUAUUGUAUUAUCAAAAUGACUGUUCUGAUAAUGUAAUAUGUUUGGUUAUGAUCAAAUGUUAUGAUCUAAUCAAUUUGCAAGGAGGAUGUGGGAAACGGAGGGAUGUGAACUAUAUCUUGUUCGUGUUCUAUCUAUUGGAUUCCGCCUUGUUCCAGGACUUCAGAUGUAAUCAAACAUUUUAAAUAUUUUAUCAGUCACUCUGUCAUCAUGAUUCAUUACAGGUCUUUAUCAAAUCUUCUGUCCUAAUCUUCUCAGCUGUUUAUCGCAAUCACAUAAUCUUUACCCAGCACAGUCCUAUGGCGAAAAGGAGCUUCGUGAAAAGGUUGUCCUAUGAGGGGCAGAAAUAUUGUAUUGACCUGUAACAUAGCUUUGGAUGAAGACAGGGGUAUCAAUUUGCUUAGCUUAUUUCUCCGUAAUUGAUAUUAUAACAAAAUAAUUAUGAAUAUUUUUAACGGUACCAUGGUUAUGGCCAUGUUAUGAUCCAACCUAUCCUGAUGCAGUAAAAACAUAUAUUUAUGCAAAAUCUUUUUGACUGCAGACCCAUUAUAUAUUUUGGGAUUAUCUGGAUUCACAGGUUUUACGCACCAACAAGACUUUUUGGAGAGCACUCUGGUCCUCUUUUGAUAUGGCCUUGUUAUGAAUAUGUACAGAUGAGGGAUAUGGCUAUAGAAUGUUCACUCACAUUUGCAAAAUACGUGGGGAGGGAUUUGCCUCAGUCCCAACCUGUUUUUAUUUUGGAAGUCGAGGAUUUUAGCUGCUCUAGCCUGCAGGGAGGAUGUCAAGCUCUCCUGGUGGUCACACAUAAUGGCAGAGGUGAGUCCAAGCCCCAUGCUCCGAGUAGAGCCCACUAGAGCCCUCAUUGAUGAGAAACUACAGAUUGUGGUGAAGAAUGUUUUUCCCCAAAAAUAAGAUUACACUUCGUUCCUUUCACCGCUCUGAGGGUGGGAGGUGUUCUGCCAUUAUGCCAGUGAUGAAACGGGGAUGGUCAAAGGCAAGAACAACUAUGUUUUUGGGCUUGUGUUCCUACUUGUUGUUUUGCCAGAUGUUACUAUUUAUGUUUGUCAUACUUCAUGCAAAGAUAUUUUUUUUAAGUACAGUAUUUUGACUUGUUAAUCAACUUUACAAAUUGCUAUAGGAAAGCAACCGAGUUGUGUUAUUGUACUGUAUCGUGUGUGAAGUUGCUGAGGACAUCCGUUUCUGCGGUUCUUAUAUGGGCUUAGAAUCCAUGGGCUUACUGUGGAUCAUGAGGCCAUAGUCUGGCAGUGAAACAGGACUCACACACACACACACACCAAAUUACAUAAGAUAUGCCUCUG